AUGCAGCACUCCCACCACCACCACACCUCGACCAAUUCCCGUGCCGCAGUGGCACAACGAUCUGGCUCCUCGCAGAGUCAAGCAGAAGAAGAAGAAGCAAUAGAUCGUGUGGGAGCCAUGAUCGACGAGACCAUCGCCAUGCUAGAAGGACAGCAAGGCGUAGGCGUAUUCUGUGUGUACCGCGCUGCACAAGCUCAAGCCGUGCACGAGGAGCGCCCCUAUAGCCGAGGGUCGAUUCAAGCAAGCCUCCAGGCUGCUCCCCCAGCCGACAACAACCACGCCUCUCUCUCGACCGAGGGCACAUGGGGCGCUUCUCGUGCAGCACUAUGGAUGCGUCUGCCGCCACCGGGCCCCCCGACACCAUCGACGCCCAACAAGCCAAACGCCAGCAGAGGUUAG